GGGCCGCGCAGGGCGGUGUUUUCAGGCGGGGAAACUGCCUGACUGGGGUGUGUGAGUCUGAGCCACAUCUGGAAUAGGAGUCGAGAGAAGCACAAGCUUAGAGAUACUUUCUCCAACUCUUCUGCACAUCUGUGGAGUUUUUCUUUUAAUUACAUUUGAAACUUUGCCUUUUUAUCUACUUGAAAAAUGCUGUUCAUCCUGCUUGGAGUGCUUCUUUUGCACCUAGUUAUCCUGAUACUUUUAAUUGUAUCUACAGCAGCAAGUGCCUGGUCUGCAGGUGUGGAUAAGAGCACAGAUCUCUGGUACCAUUGCCAGACAACCUCUGGGAGCUACCAAUGCAAGCACGCCAGCAAUGAAGAGUGGAUCCAGGCUGUGCAGGCCCUCAUGAUCCUCUCCUGCAUUUUCUGCUUCUGUGCGCUCAUUGCCUUCCUGUACCAGCUGUUCAGAAUGGUGAAAGGCGGCCAGUUCUUCUUCACCGCCAUUUUCCAGAUCUUGGCGAGUGUGUUUGUGAUGUGUGGAGCGAUCAUAUACACCGUGAUGCGCCCCGACGAGGAAACCAUAACACAUUUUGGCUACGCCUAUGUCCUGGCCUGGGUGGCCUUCCCUCUGUGCCUCAUCAGCGGCCUCAUUUAUAUCGUCCUGAGGAAGACGGAAUGAGAGUAGGAGAAGAGGAGGGGGAAAAAUUGGGGGAAUGUUACAGGACCCCCCUUUAGAACAACAUCGCACUGUGCUUCCUGCCCACAGACCACAGAAUGACUUCAUCACAAUCCUCCAGUAUUCAUCGUUUUCCCAUCACAAGCUAAAACCAUUUGUCUUGUGAAUCCAAACUAAAGCUGUUUGUCACUACAGUAGUGUCCUGUGGGGUCAUUCUCAGCAGCCUUUCCCACAAAUCCAACCAGAGUCACCUCCUCACAUCCCUACAAAGGUGUACAUAGUGUCUGUGUGGGUUUUGGACAUAUUUAUAACAUUUUAUACAUACAUUGUGUACAUAGAGUUGUCGAGUUAACAUUGUCACGCUCGUUUAUGUUUUAAGAGUGUGUCUCACAAAUCAUGCAGCUGUGCCAAAGAAGUGUCGCUUUAACUUCCAGUGUGUCAAGCUUUUUUCUCUCCUCUUUUUCUGUGUUAAAUCAAUGUGCCUUAAUCAGAAUGUUUGCUUAUAUUGAAGGAAAUGAGAUCAAUCUCAGAAAGUGGCGAUUCCUAUAUGAAGUUUAACUUUGAUAACUCAGCAAACUGAUUUGCAUUUUGUAUUGAAAAUGGUGCUUUUUUUUUUCAAAAAAGACAAAAAAUACCAACAAAAAAAAGACCCUGCUAUCCUUGAAAUUUGUAUCCUAACUUGUGUUACUAAAUGUGUUUUGUUCUGUAAUUAAUUUGCUUUGUACAAAAACAUUUUUAAACUUUGCUUUUUUGGUCAUUAUUACAAUUAAAAUUCUUUUAAAAAAAAGCAUCGGUUGAAUAAAGGUCAAAUCGUCUGCAA